AAGUAUAAAAUGGAAGAGGCGAAAUAGUGCGUCACAGUCAGCAGCAGUUUUGCAAGUUGGUUUGAUAUAGGAUUUCUUGGUUGUGAUGAAUGGUUGCCAACUUUAGGAACGACAGCAUUGGCGAUCAGUGAGUUUCGUUAAAUUAGACAGUCGGCUACAUAAUGGUAGAUAAAGAGGUUGUUAGUGUGACAAAUAUGGCGCCGAAUUGUUGGACUGUCGAAGUGUUCGUUAUUGAUGCCGAUGGUUUGCCACAAAGGAAAUAUGAGAAUUCCGUUCAUAUGAAGUUAGACUACGAUCCGCAAGGGUUAAGUCUCAAGAUUAUCUCCGGUUGUGAUGAGACCCUUCUACUUGAGUUCCCCAUACAUGUUAAUAUUGAGUGUUGUAAGGUUACCCCGAAGGCUUACAUUUUCCACAUUGACAAUGAAUCAUUGUUCUUUAAAUUCCAAGAGGAAGAAGAUUGUAGAGCUUUCCACAUAUCGGUGUCUAAAAUCAAGUCUGGAAAGGGGGCAUCAGUGUUUUCUAUGAGGACAGAAGACUCAUCUGCCACCCAGUACUUUCAAUUUUAUGGAUACCUGUCUCAGCAACAGAAUAUGCUUCAAGACUUUGUGAGAACAUCCACCUACCAAAGGGCAAUUCUCUGCAACCUGGCAGAUUUCAAGGACAAAGUGGUGUUAGACGUUGGCGCUGGAUCUGGUAUCCUGUCUUUCUUUGCUGCUCAAGCUGGUGCGAAAAAAGUGUAUGCAGUUGAAGCGUCCACAAUGGCGCAUUUUGCACAAAAGUUAGUCGCUGCUAAUGACUUGCAAGAUAUUAUAAAAGUAGUUCCUGGAAAGAUCGAGGAGAUCGAUCUUCCUGAAAAAGUUGAUAUAAUCGUGUCCGAGCCAAUGGGAUAUAUGCUGUACAACGAAAGAAUGUUGGAAACAUAUUUACAUGCCAAGAAAUGGUUACAGCCAAAUGGAAAAAUGUUCCCUACAAGAGGCGACUUGCACAUCGCUCCGUUCACAGAUGACGCACUUUAUAUGGAACAGUUCGGUAAAGCGAACUUCUGGUUCCAAACAUGCUUUCAUGGUGUCAGCUUGUCCGCUAUACAAAACUGUGCAAUUAAAGAGUACUUCCGGCAACCGAUAGUAGAUACCUUCGACGCCAGAAUAUGCCUGAGCAAAUCCGUUAGGCAUGUUGUAGAUUUCCUAGAAGCCUCAGAGACUGAUCUGCACACAAUUGAUAUACCAAUUGAGUUUCACUUACUAGAGUCGGGAACAUGCCACGGAUUGGCGUUCUGGUUCGAUGUGGCAUUCAUUGGUACCGAUGCUACAGUUUGGUUGAGUACCGCGCCGACCGAACCUUUAACACAUUGGUACCAAGUUCGUUGUUUGCUGGAAGAACCUAUUCUCGUAAAGCAAGGGCAAGUGCUAACUGGCAAGGUAGUUCUUGUAGCCAAUAAAAGGCAAAGCUACGACGUAACUAUUGAGUUAAAGUUGGAAGGAACUACACAGAGAUCGUCUAACACAUUGGAUCUGAAGAAUCCAUAUUUCCGUUACACCGGGGCCCCUGUACAGCCGCCACCUGGUGCUUCCAAUAUCUCUCCCAGUGAAAACUACUGGAACCAACUGGAUGCUCAAGGAGUUAGAAAUGCUGUUAACAUGGUUAAUGGUAUGUCAGUUAAUGGGCUAGGAGAAGUUUCAAUGGACACCACUCAGACUGUUAUUAGCAAUACACUAAUUGCUAACAAUCUAAUUGCCCUUGAUCCAACCCAGCUGCACGAGGUAGCUCAACCUUCCAUCCAUCCAGGCUGCAUCUCCAGUACGGGACGAGGAAGGGUGGCGGCGAGUCCGACGUCGACGCAGACCGCGCAAUUAAUCGGAGGUGCAAUUUCGCCGUCUCUAUUCACAACGCCAAAUGUUCAACAGCAGCCGUUAGUUAUGGCCAACUACCCCGUUAGUCCGAACUUAAUGAUCGGGGAUUAUGUAACACCGGGGAACGCAGUGAACAUUCCCACCUAUCGACAGUAAUUGUUAUACUUCAUUUUACAAAAAAAAA